UUGAGAAAAGGGUUCUAACGGGUAGUUUAGUUUGCUGAUGAGUGAUGAGUUUGAAUCAGAUUCUUUUGUUUACUCAUUGUAAUAGUCGUUGGCGUUGGAACUGAUAAGUAAGAUUAAAGUUCGGAACUUUUUGAGAGUGUAAUGAGUUUGAAUUUGGCAAAUCCUUUAUGGGUCCCUGUAAAAGCUUUGCUAUGUAGAACAAUCAAGAGAAGGAGACUUUUCACUACCGCUGCUAUAACAAGUUCAGCCAACAAGGGGGAGAAGGAUGAGAGCGAUGAGAUCUUGGUUGUUGUUGGUGGUGGAGCAGCUGGAGUUUAUGGAGCAAUCAGGGCUAAGACUCUCUCACCUGAUUUGAGAGUUUUGGUUAUUGAAAAAGGGAGAUUUCUCUCCAAGGUUAAGAUUUCUGGUGGUGGUCGAUGUAAUGUGACAAAUGGGCAUUGCAAUGAUACUAGUAAUUUGGCAGGGCAUUAUCCUCGUGGUCAUAAAGAGCUUAAAGGUUCUUUCUUUUACACACAUGGACCUGCUGAUACUAUGUCAUGGUUUUCUGAGCAUGGAGUCCCACUAAAGACUGAAGAUGAUGGAAGAGUAUUCCCUGUCAGUGAUAGUUCAUCUUCUGUAAUUGACUGUCUCUUAAAUGAAGCAAAUGUUAGAGGAGUUAGGCUUGAGAGAGGUAAGUCUGUGUUGGCUGCUUCUACUAAACCAGAUGGAAAGUUCCUUGUUAAAGUUGGGAAACAAACUGCUGACACGUCUGAAUCUAUCGAAGCUUCUUAUCUUCUGAUUGCAACUGGAAGUAGCCAACAGGGUCACUCUUUAGCCACUCGAUUUGGUCAUUCCAUUGUAGAUCCAGUACCGAGCUUAUUCACUUUUAAGAUCAAUGAUCCAUUGCUGAGUGAGUUAGCAGGGAUUAGUUUCUCCAAAGUCCAAGCCAGACUGAAAUUAGAUCAUCCACUCCCGGAUUUGUCUAACCUUGUGCAGAUUGGUCCAAUGCUUGUGACACAUUGGGGACUUAGUGGACCGGUUAUUCUUCGACUCUCUGCAUGGGGUGCACGACAUCUCUUCAGUUCUAAGUACAAAGGGCAUCUUAUUGUCGAUUUCAUUCCGGAUAUAAACAUUGAAACUGCCAAAUCUGUACUCAAACAACACAAGCAGCAGUUUUCAAAGCACAAGGUAUCCAAUUCCUUUCCUCCUCAAUUUGCCCUUGUCAACAGAUUCUGGAGAUACAUUCUAGACCGCGAGGGUUCUUCAAAAGACACUUUGUGGGCCUCAGUUUCAAAUAACUCCUUGAGCUCUAUUUCUUAUAUUCUUAAACAUUGUACAUUUCAAGUAACCGGAAAGGGUCAAUACAAAGAUGAGUUUGUGACAGCAGGAGGAGUUCCUUUAUCCGAGGUAUCUUUGAAGACAAUGGAGAGCAAAUUUCUUCCAAAUCUUUUCUUUGCGGGAGAGGUACUAAAUGUAGAUGGAGUUACCGGAGGCUUCAAUUUCCAGAACGCUUGGUCAGGUGGAUAUAUCGCAGGGACACACAUCGGCAAAUUAGCAGCAUCUAGGAACAACAGAAGAAGCUCUACAGAAAGAAAAGUAAUGAUAGGAUCGUAAUUUUCUUAGGGUGGUCCUCAACUUAAAUAAUCCAAUUCGUGGAAAACUCAAACGCGCCAGAGACUCGAGAGCCAUCCAAUUCAUUAUUUGACACGGUUUAUAAUUGGAACCAACGUCGAAAGAGGCAAAAAAAGUGAAACACGAAAGACUUUAUAAUAUAUUAUAGAAGACUUUGUAAAGGUUA